CCUUCGAGAGCAGAGGCUCCUCACACGGUCAGUGUGGCGGCGGCGGUCACGCAGCUCAGGUCACUCACACCCACGGAGGCGUUUAGAGGCUGAGACGUGGUUUAAAGGUUAGAGAGGACACAGAAGACUGAGAGGACUGUGAGGACACGGAGGACACAGAGGACACGGAGGACACAGAGGACACGGAGGACACGGAGGACAGAGAGGACCACUGCUGGACAAACCCACUGUCCAGCACCCCGGGCUCGCGCUUUGUCUGCAGGGAAGAACCUCCUCUGUUCUGUGGCCAUGGAUCCUUUACAGAGUAACUGUGAGAAGGAAUCACAGUGUGCUGAGGAAGAGGAGGAGGAGGAGGAGGAAGUGGACCCGAGAAUACAGGGAGAACUGGAGAAGUUAAACCAGUCCACAGAUGACAUUAACCGCUGGGAGAGUGAGCUGGAGGACUGCCGUCAGAGGUUCCGUGCCGUUCUGGUGGAAGCGACGAUGAAGCUGGACGAGCAGGUGAAGAGGAUCGGGCGAGCUGUGGACGACUCCAAGCCGUACUGGGAGGCCCGCAAAGUCGCGAGACAGGCCCAGGUGGAGGCACAGAAGGCCACGCAGGAGUUCCAGCGAGCGGUGGAGAUUCUGCGCGCGGCCAAAGAAACCAUCGCCCUGGCCGAGGAGCGGCUGCUGGAGGAGGAAAGCCGACAGUUCGACUCCGCCUGGCAGGAAAUGCUGAACCAUGCCACGCAGAGGGUGAUGGAGGCCGAGCGGGCGAGAACACGCAGCGAAGCCGAACACAGGAAAACUGCGGCAAACCACAACUCCUGCAUCAGCCACAUGAGGCAGUUAGAGAAGAAGCUCAAACGCUCCAUCAACAAAUCCAGACCAUAUUUUGAACUAAAAGCCAAGUACUACCUACAGCUCGAGCAACUAAAACGCCACGUGGACGAGUAUCAGGCCAAACUGGUCAUGGCUAAAGCCGAGUACCGCGCGGCGCUGCGUAGCCUGGAGACCAUCUCUGAGGAGAUUCACGCGCAGCGGCGUGCCGUCGCCAUGGGAACGCGGGAGCAGGGCGUCGGCGCGGAAGGCGACGAGGACGGCCAAGACGACAUCGCCAAUUUCAAAAUGGAGUCGGACGGUCUGUCGAUGGUGUCUGUGUCCAUUGAUGAAGACGGCAGUCACAGCAGCAGCAGCUCAGAGGAGGAGACGACAGACACUCACUCCACCUCCUCAGCCAAAACCACGCCUUCAUCACCAUCCCCCUCCUCCUCCUCCUCCGCCUCCGCCUCCACCUCCCAUCCUUCCACCUCUGCCUCCACUCCCCUCGACACGCCCCCCUCCUACAUCUCCACGUCUCCCUCACCUCCUGACCUCUCCGCCUCCUCUCCCGUGGGCCUGGAGUUGGGGAGAACCUGCAGCUCUGGUGACCCGGACUCGGUGUGUGGUUCUGGGCACGCCUCGCCUCUGCUGGGCCCUCGCAGCCAGUGCAGUGGAGCCUCCUCUCCAGACUGUGACCAGGAGAGAGGUGACCGAGCAGAGGGAGCAGAGGCCUCACUGGAAGCCGGUCUGAACAAGCUCACAUUGACUGUUUCACCACAAAAACAAGGAGACUCUGAGGACGACCAGGACCAGGACCAGGACCAGGACCAGCACUACGAUAAGCAUGACACCACCACAUCCAGCACUGCUGCUGCUGCUGCUGCUGCUGCCAUCGUGAUCCUCAACAGUGUUUAAUGAGUGACGUCACGUGUGAAACACUCGCGUCUGAGAAGAGGUGAAAAACAGAGAGAGUUUCAAACUCCUGGGAUUUUCUCACCACUGUUAGUAUUAUUGCCUCUUUUUAAGUAAACUACAUUUCCCAUAAUCCUCCUCGCAUCCUAUUGGAAAUGUUUUGGGCCACAUUUUGUUGUAUGAUUGUGAGGAGAACUGGUAACACUGCGGAACUACGGAAGAGUGUGAGGGACACAUUUAAAAAGAUUUUUGAAAGAAAGUUAAAAAAAAUUAGAUGACAUGAAUUCUGAGAAAAAGGUCUGGAAAAAGUUUGAAUUCUGAGAAUUUUUAUUUAAUUCAUGCUUUUUUUUCCUACUAAAACACUUGUGUAUAAAAACACUAAAGGGUUAACUUUUAAUAGUUUAAAUUAUAAAAAACAAUGAUUAGAUUUUUUUAAAGAAACUUGUUUUAAUGAACAUUUUCACUCUGCAGGUGUUGCUUUACUGGGUAAUCUGGUCAGUCUUUCUCUGAAGGACACAGACCUCCUUUUUCUUUGUGCCAUAAAGACAUCCUGUCUCUGUCUCUGUCUCUGUCCGUCCGUAUUAACAGAGCAGCUUUACAGCGACGUGUGGUUUUACUUUUUAUUGACGUUGAAAUGAUAUUCUUGGCGUCGCAAAGAGACAUUUUGUGUUAAAUGUGGACAGUGAGCCUCGUUUUUGCAGCUCUGACUCGUUAUCAUUGUGUGAGUCGCGUGUCAGUGUAGGAGACACAUGGGGACAGAAACUCUCAGCACUGAAGACACUUGUCAAAUGGUCUUCCAUUGAUAUUAUGAAUGAGUGAGUAAAAUACUACAGUAUAUCCUCCCUUCUGAGGUGAAUUGUUGUGUGACUGGAUGAGUGAAUGACUGUUUUGUUCUAUGUUCAAAUAUCCUGUAGUACAGAUUCUAUAUUUAUACUCCUGUAUUCUUGUAUAUAAACCGUGUUUUGUGGUUACUGUUCUUAUUUAACACAAAUGUAGCAAUAAACAUGUUCUUCAUGUC